GGAUCUAAUUGUGGCUAAUCAUAAUUAAAAAAUGUUUUUUCACUGAUUACCUCCAGACCUGUUCAACAAGAAAUCACUCAAACAGAACUUGUCCUGACAAAUUCAAGUCUGUCAAAAACUGCAAGAAAAUGACACGUUUCUAAGAAAUUCCAGAACAGUCGAGAAAUAAAGUGAUUGAGUCUGGAAAGGGUUGCUAAAGCUGGUUGUAAAGCUUUAGGAUUCCAGUGAACCAUAGAGAGAGCCAUUAUCCUCACAUGGCGAAAGCAUGGAACGGGAGUGGCCGACCUACAAUGAUAACCCCAAGAGAACAUCCAUUGACUCAUCCAGGAAACCACAAAGGAACUUGAGAAAACUUCUAAAGAAAUGCAAGCCUCGCUUGCCUCAGAACAUCGAUGUAUAGAAUCAGCCAAAAUCCGCAACAAGUACCCUGACAGGGUCCCAGUGAUUGUGGAGAAAGUGUCUGGGUCCCAGAUCGUAGACAUUGACAAGAGGAAGUACCUUGUCCCCUCUGACAUCACAGUGGCUCAGUUCAUGUGGAUCAUCAGGAAACGCAUCCAGCUGCCCUCAGAGAAGGCCAUCUUCCUGUUUGUGGAUAAAACAGUCCCACAGUCCAGCAUCACAAUGGGACAGCUGUAUGAAAAGGAGAAGGACGAAGAUGGCUUUUUAUACGUGGCUUACAGUGGCGAAAACACCUUCGGCAUGUAAAAAAAAGAAGCAAUGAUCGGUACCUGACCUUACCUGCUGACAUCUAACCAUAGUCCCACUUGGCCUCUGGUGCAAUUCUUGGGAAACUGCAGUGAAAACACCACAGAAAGAUGGACUACCUUAUCAACAGCCUGGAUAAAACGAAGUGUGCCGACAUCUUAUUUUUGGGCCAUGUUUCAUGUGUUCAUCAAAGAUGCAUGUAUGUUUUGUUGUGUUGUUGCUUUUGUUUUUUUCCCCACUCUUGUGAAUUGAAAUUUCUUCUGAACUUGUAUGAAUGAUCCAUAAAUUUUGUUUUUGUCUUUGAACGCAAUAUUUACAAAAUUUUUUUUUAAAUAUUUUGAGCUAAGGUAGCUGGAUGACCUAACCAAUAAAAUUAAAAAUAGAACCUGC